AUGGCCAUGACACCUUUAUAUUUGGGAGAACCGACAGUCCUCCAUCUAUUUCCCCAGUAUUUAGAUGGUGCGGCCCUACGUUGGUAUCACCAAAAGAAGAUAGUUUAUCUUCAGACUAUCGACGAACUCGCGUCUGCCUUCAUAGAACGUUUCAGCAUGCAUCUCAGCUUAGAACGGUCAGAGAAGAAGCUCAAGAAUGUCAAGCAAGGCGAAAAUGAAAAAUUUACGGUCUUUAUCGAACGGUGGAAAGCGGUUGCUGAAAAGAUUGAUUCCCUGCCUAGCGAACAAAGACAAAUCGACAUGAUUCUGGAUAAUGUUAACGGUCGAUAUUCUGUUGGAUUCGCCUGUCAAGACCUAAUUGAUCAGAAAAUCAUUCCUAAACCCGAAAUCGUGAGCAAUCUGUUGCCUGAACAUCAGGUCAACCUGAUUUCUGCCAACGAACCGGUUAACCCUCUGGAGGUUAAUAUGAUCAACCCAUGGCCCAAAAAGGAGGACAGAGGAGCUCCACAUCCUCCGGUAAUACCUCGAAAUUGGUGGAUUAUUGACAACCCCGAUUCAAGCGCUCCCAAGAUAGUACAACGAGAAGUUUUAGCAACCCAGAGCGGAGCCGACUUCCAGCCCAGUUUCAUGAAAACAACCCCUGCAGUUAAUCUUCCCGGCCCAUCUAACGAUCCAAGAAGGGAAAACGAGCCGAGAGCUUUAAAUCCUGGUGAUAGUCUUCUUGCUCAGCUCAAGAAGACUAAUGCCAACAUUUCCAUCUGGGAAAUCCUUAUGUAUUGUAUCGAACACAGGCAAGCUGUUCUUAAUGUGCUAAGCCAGGCUAGUAUACCAGCCAACACGACUCCAGAAGAGUUGGUUGGUAUCAUCUCAUCAACUCCUCAGAUCAACAUGAUAGGGUUCAAGGACAAAGACCUACCUGCUCCCGAUGAACCCCAUGUUAAGGCUCUUUAUAUUUCUGUAAAAAUGUCUGAUAAAGUCAUUCCUAUGACUCUAAUCGACAAUGGUUCAGCAUUGAACAUAUGUCCCUGGAAGACUCUCCAAGAGCUCGACAUUUAUGCUGAUAAAGUCCUCCCCUCAGACCUGUGCGUCCGUGGCUUUGACAAUUCUCGUCGAGAGAUUAUGGGCAGCUACCUAACAACGAUCUAUGUAGUUGAUGUACCUUUUGAGGUGGAAUUCUGUGUAAUCAACAUGCGACCAUCGUACAACCUAAUCUUGGGACGACCCUGGUUGCAUCAGGCUAAGGCUCUUGCCUCCACCCUGCAUCAGAAAAUUCGUUUCAUGGCUAACGACAAACUCGUCACCAUAGAAGGUGAGAAAUACGUCACAACCAUCAUCGGUUCAACUCAUUCCACUAACCCAGAGAUUGAGUUAAGUGGAUUCGACAUUUGUCUUAUAUUUAGGCAAGGUCAAGACUCAUCUUCCACUCCUGACUUCACUCCCUACAGCGCAAUCUCCAUGCGUCUCAUGCAGAAAAUGAGAUAUUUCCCAGGAAUGGGUCUAGGACCGAAUGCUACCGGCAUGACUUCCUUCCCCUGGUCUUAUUACGACUCAAACAACUUCGGCAUCAGUUAUACUCCGACAGAGGGCGAGGAAUCCAGGAAAGGUAAAAUCUCUAAACAAUUUAUACCUAUUCCUCAAACCCUAAAUGGACAGUUUGUGCGAGCAGGAGAAACCACAUUGUGUUUCGAGUUCCCCGAACCUUUCUUCAACCAACUUGUUAGAGAUCUUUCUCUGACGGACGAGGACGUGGUUGUUGAUGAACACUCUUGUAAGAUAAACUCCACAAACCUUCUGGCAGUUGAUAAAGCUCUUGUAAUCAACCUGAGUGUUGAUAGCAACAUCACACCCUUUUUGGAUUGUGAAAUAGUGUCUGAUGUUGUAAUAAAUAAAGAAGUUUGUAAUGACAAUCCUGAUGAGAUGUCAUCUUCUUUUUGUAAUAAAGCAUGCAAUAAAACUCCAGAGUAUAGUUUUGAAUAUAUGUCAGAUAAUGAUGAUGUUUCAUUCAACUCUAAAUUUAAUUUCGAAAUGAAAAACUUCUUAGAACACGAGGACGAGAUCGUUUCCGCAGCCGAGACGACAAUCGAAGUGAACCUCAAUACUCAAGACGAUCAUCAAAUUGUGUUGAUUGGACAAAGCCUGAGUGAUGACGAGCGUCGUGAGAUGAUCGAAUUACUAAAGACCAACAAAGACGUGUUCGCUUGGUCUUACAAGGAUAUGCCUAGAGUGGAUCCUGCAAUCGUUCGACAUCAAAUUCCCCUUUAUCUAGAGGCAAAACCCGUUAAACAAAGGUUAAGACGAAUAAAAACCGAGGUUGUCGCCAAGGUUAAAGAAGAGGUCCAGAAACAGUUGGAAGCAAAAUUCCUCGAAACUGUGGACUAUCCCGCAUGGAUAGCCAAUGUGGUUCCCAUCUUGAAGAAGGACGGAAGGAUGCACGUGUGUGUAGACUAUCGCGAUUUGAACAAGGCUAGUCCAAAGGAUAGCUUUCCUUUGCCCCACAUUGACAUUCUGGUCGAUCAUGCUGCCGACAAUCAGCUCUUGUUUUUCAUGGAUGAAUUCUCAGGAUAUAACCAAAUUCUGAUUGCGGAAGAAGACAAAGAAAAGACUACCUUUAUUACGGAGGUAGGCACGUCCUGUUUCAGGGUCAUGCCUUUCGGUCUCAAAAACGCUGGAGCUACAUAUCAACGAGCAGUAACGAUGAUCUUACACGACAUGAUCCAUAAAGAGGUAGAAGUCUACAUAGACGACAUGAUCGUAAAGUCUAAGGAUCGACAGGGUCAUAUUCCCAACUUAGACAAAUUCUUGCAAAGAAUUCGAAAGUAUGGGCUUCGACUGAACCCGAAGAAGUGUGCUUUCAGAGUCACUUCCGGUAAGAUGCUAGGAUUUCUCAUCACCCAACGUGGAAUAGAAAUCGAUCCCUCCAAAAUCGAGGCCAUUACGGCUAUGCCUGUACCUCGGAAUGAGCGAGAAGUCCGAGGGUUCCUCGGAAAAAUCCAGUUCAUCAGUCGUUUCAUCAGUAAACUAACUCUUACUUGUGAUCCUCUUUUUAAGCUACUAAAAAAAGAUUAG